AUGGCUCAGAACGACCAGGCUCAUCAGAGCAACCAAGCUUCUCAGACGAGCCAGGGCUCGAAGAAGAAUGUGCCGUACUUCUUCCGAGAGCAAUGCGCGGGGUUCGUCGUCAAGGGCAAUUUCAUGACCCUCGCUGCGAAGCCACAACUCGUCGAAGAAGGCGAGUGGCUAGCUCAUCAGAUUGUCGAACAGAACCGCCAGCUUGGCGGCAUGCUCAAGAUUAUCCAAGCUGAGAGCAGCAGUCACGGCCGCGCCCUUUGCAACGAGCAGGCCUGUCCGAGCAUGACCGCGGGAAAUGUUCUCUACAACUGGAUCGACACAAACCGCAACCCGAUCAACCUACCAGCUCCCACAUAUAUGAAGCAUAUCCAGACUUGGGUUGCUGGCAAAUGCCAGGAUGAAACAAUUUUUCCUACGAGCAACCUCCCUCCUGGAUAUCAAUUUCCUACCGGUGAGCAGGUCAGCAAAGACGCCAACAGCUGGAUCGGCAAGACGUCAGGCUUUCCGCAGCGAUACGAGAAUGAGAUCAAGAACAUGUAMAAACAAAUGUUCCGCUGUUACGCACACAUCUAUCACUCACACUGGAUUGUGUUCUGGGACAACAACAUCUACCGCGAGCUCAACACCCACUUUUUGCACUUUGUCAACGUCGGCUUGAUAUUCGGUCUACUGAAUGCCCGUGACAUCGAGCCUAUGUUGCCACUGAUUGAGAUCUGGGCCCAGCGUGGCGACCUUCCAAGCUGGGAGGCUGCUACCGCUGCCUCCGAAGAGCGUGCUGCGGGCGCGACUGCGCCCCCAGCCGCGACAACUCCUGGCUCGACGGCUGGUCAGCGCACAUCUGCCUGA